GUGCGUGCGCGAGUGCUACGGUCGGAAAGUCGAGUCACUUCCUCCUUCUGCUCUCAGCGAGCCAGCCGAGAACUUUUUAGUCUCUCCUUGUGCUCGCUGGCAUGUUGUCAGCUGCUCGAGACACAAGUUGCGCCGCUUUAUGUCCGCCGCUGCUUGCUUUUCACUCUCAAGUCUUUCCGGAAGCUUCGAUGAACAUCUGAGUGCCAUUGUGGGGUUUGGUUUUUUUCCCCCCCGGAGGAUAUCAAUGGCCCCGACCUAACUUUUUCGGAGUCACUGUAAGGAAAAGAGUUCCGCGGAGGUGCGGUUGACUUCCCCCCUAUUUCAAGUACUGUACUAGAGGGCGAGAGGAAGAUGAAGAAACAGUUCAACCGAAUGAGGCAACUGGCCAACCAAACAGUCGGGAGGGCCGAGAAGACCGAGGUGUUGAGUGAUGACCUCCUCCAGAUCGAGAGGCGUAUGGAGCUGGUGCGCUUGAUGUCGCACAACACGCACAAGAGGCUGGUGUCCUGUCUGCAGGGUCAGCCGGGCACAGACACCGAGAAGAGACACAAAAAGCUGCCAUUGACUGCACUGUCUCAAAGCAUGCAAGAGGGCGGCUCUCAACUGGGCGACGAGAGUCUGAUCGGCAAGAUGAUGGAUGUGUGCGGUGAGGCAGAGAGCAGGUUGGCCAGUGAGCUGAUGCAGUAUGAAGUGCAGAUCGAGAGAGACAUUCUGGAUCCUCUGAACACGCUGGCCGAGAUUGAGAUACCCAACAUACUAAGACAGAGGAAGCAACUCGCCAAACUGGUCCUGGACUACGACUCCGCUAAGACGAGGUGGUAUCAAGCCACCAAGUCCAGCAACCAGGCCAUGGCAGCUAAGGUGGACUCCCUCAAGGACGAGAUGGACGAGGCUCUGAACAAAGUCGAAAUCUGUAAAGACCAGUUAUCGGCGGACAUGUACAACUUUGCGUCCAAAGAAGGAGACUACGCACGCUAUUAUCUCAUGUUAUUAGAGGCCCAGGCAGACUACCACAGAAGGUCUCUGGCAGCUCUGGACGAGGCGAUCCCGAAUAUACAAUUACAGCAAGAGUCGUGGACGGAGAAGCCGGCGUUUGGCACGGCCCUUGAGGAGCACUUGAAGCGGAGUAACCGUGACAUCGCCCUGCCCAUUGAGGCAUGCGUCAUGAUGCUGCUGGAGACGGGGAUGAAGGAAGAGGGUCUUUUCAGAAUAGCAGCGGGAGCUUCCAAACUAAAAAAGUUGAAAGCCGCGCUGGACUGUUCCACUUCCCAGCUUGAAGAGUUCUACUCCGACCCGCACGCCGUCGCCGGAGCCCUGAAAUCGUACCUCAGGGAACUUCCUGAACCUCUCAUGACCUUUGGCCUGUAUGAUGAGUGGACGCAGGCGUCCAAUGUGUCUGACCCGGACAAGCGACUUCAGGCUUUGUGGGUGACAUGUGACCGCUUACCAAAGACUCACAAAGCCAACUUUCGGUACCUGGUGAAGUUUUUGGCCAAGCUGGCUCAAGACCGUGACGUCAACAAAAUGUCUCCCAGCAACAUCGCCAUCGUGCUGGGGCCCAACCUGCUGUGGGCAAAGACGGAGGGGACACUGGCAGAAAUGGCUGCGGCGACAUCGGUCCAUGUGGUCGCCAUCAUUGAGCCGAUCAUCCAGCAUGCUGAUUGGUUCUUUCCUGAAGAGGUGGACUUCAACGUGUCGGGUAUGUUCGCCAUGCCCACCCACCCGGCGACAUCGGCGGACGCCGAACUCGAGAGGAAGCGCCCCGGCAGCCUUGUGGGGCAAGACGGGGACACGCAGCCUCCCCGCAAAGACAGCGCCAUUAACAAACAUCCGGAGCCCAACCCUCGUAGAGCUGCCACCACUAUUAGAAAGCAGCCACAGCUAACCUCACCCACCUUCCAAGCGCUACCGCCCCACCAGGAAGGCGGGGGUCCCACCGGCUUUGAGCCCCAGCCCCAAGCUGCUACGCCGGAGCCCGAGCAGCCGGGCCCGACUGGCGGUGUGGGCGCUGGGGGCCAGCUAGCCGCUGCGCAACCUCAAUCGGUCUCUCAGCUCGGCGCAGAGGAGAGCAGCCCAGCCCGGGAGCUCACAUCCACACCGCCGCCACAGAGGAAUGGUUCGUCCCAUCUUACGGCGGGAGCGCCUCAGUCUCAAAGUGGAUCUAGGGGGCCCAGUCCUCAUAUGGUCCGCAGGGGCACCAAGAAACAGGCACCAGCACCACCCAAACAAGCCAGUCCGUUCGCCUCUCAGUCUGGCAACCAAUCUCCAGCUUCCACACAUCACCCGCCCAUCACACCCAGGCGCCAUCCGAGCAAAGAAAGCCCCAUCCACGCUCCGAGCCACCCGCCCCCUCAGCCGCCCCAGCCGCAGCAGGCGCACGGAGACCAGUCGCAGCCGUCGCCGCCCAGGACGCCCACGCCGCCCGACACUCCGCCUCACGACGGCGCCCAGUCCCAGCUGCCCGCUUACCAGUACGGCUCGCUCCCCCGCCCCGCCCGGCCGGCGCCCAAGCCGCGGCCGCGGCCUAGCAUGCCGCCGCCGCUGCCUCAAGCGGCCUCCGGCGACAGCUGCAAUGGCCUCCUGGGCUCCUCGUCCAAGAUCAUCACAGACGGUGUCCUGGAACUGAAGGGGGCCAGGCGAGCGUGGAUCCCGGAGGUGGUGAUGGGCUCACGAGCGGAGUCCCCCGUUUCUCUGCCGCAGCCGCAAUUCAACCCACACAACACGGAGAGCACUUCGCUGUGAGCGGGAUGAUCAUCUGGGCGCUACAUGCCCAAGGCGGCGGCUAAUGCGAGGUUCGACUCGACUCCUUUGUGACUCUUGUAUGACAAUCCGCUACAAGUCUGACCGCAAACUUGAUCAAAAGUAUUUUUUUCUAGAAUCUAUUUAACGCACGACCAGAUUAUAAAGUGCAAAGUGAAAUUGCAAGGACCAAAGAAAAUGCGAAAAGGAAAUAGGAUGAAAACAAGGCGCUGGCUUCCGUGGUGAUGGUGGUGGUUGACCAAAGUGCAAUUAUUCAGCACAGCUUGUCUUCCGGUGGCACAUAUGCCCAUAUUUUGGUUUGUGUAGAUUUCAGGUAGUAUAUUUGUAAAGGAGGGGGGACGGGGAGGGGGGGUGCGUUACCUUCACUUUUGCAUAUUUUUUGGACCGAUUUACUGGUUUGAGGAAAUAUUUGGCAUGAUUUCCCCCCCAAAAAAUUGUUUUAUUUAUAAAUAUCCAGUGCUGGUUAAUGACCAAUUCCACUCCCAAAUUUUCAAGCUUUGACCAACUAUAAAUACAAAAGCUUUUCUUAUUGUCGACAAUCUUGACCUUUCUCUGGCUCUUUUCAGCGAGUUGUCUAUUUCUUUGCGGCAUUUUCAUGGUGUUUAUUUUUUGCUGGUAACACUGAAAAAAUAUAUAUACUGUUACUGCAUCAUGACGUGAUGAAUAAAGUUUUACAAUCUUGU